GUCUGCUCAGUCGCAUUUCUGAACUCAAAAGCUCCGAACGCUUUUUUUGGCACAAUGGUCUAAAGCCGUGGUGCCGAAAAAUUAAAAAGUAAAAACUUUAUGAAUAGCGCGGGAAGUGGUUUGACAUUUGUGUUUUUUUUUUUUGAUAAUCGCGGUGUAGUGUUGUACGGUGUGUGAAGUGCCUGGAUAAACCUACCUAUUAAUUUUGACACAACUGGGCAAAAUGGUUCUGCGAUGGAGAGCGUGGUCGCUGGCGCUAGCGGCGUGCUGCCUGGUGCUGGCGGCGGCGGCGGAGGACACGCCCCCGGGGCUGCUGCUCUCAGACAGCGAGCGAGACCUCGACGCCAUGCCCUCUGACACUGCAGCAGUGGCUCAGAAGCGCGAGGCGCCUCUCUCCAACUCGUACGGGGAGCCAAUCCCGGCCGACGCCUAUGGACCACCCAGGGACAUACCUAUCAGUGUCCAACAGCAGACCCAAGGGCCAGUCUACACCCCGGAGCUGCCGUCGCAAGGCCAGCAAGUGGUGUUCCAACAGAACCCUCCACCAGGUGCCUACGGACCCCCACAACCUGUCAGCUUCCCCAGCGUCAGCUACGAGGGACCCCCGCCGCCGCCGCACCCCAUCAAGCCCUCCUACCAGCCCAAACCUAACUACGGACCACCCAAAUUCUACGGUCCCCCAAAGCAAAUGUACGGUCCACCGAAGAAGCUUUACGGACCGCCUAAGCAGAACCUUCCGAAGAUCAAUUAUGGGGUUCCGUUUAACAAGGCUAAGUUGAGCUUCCCGAAGCCCAUUUACGGGGUUCCGAAACAGCAGUACGGACCGCCGAAACCAAUCUACGGUCCUCCCAAACAGAACUAUGGAGCGCCACAGUCUGGGUUCCCUGAGCUAUCCGCGCUGUCCCUCCCGAGCAACUCUUUGGGUGCUUUCGCGACUGUUUCGACCAGUUUCGGUCAAAACGUCCACUUUGGACAACAGCAGAGUCUCCCGGCACCGAUCUACGGAACUCCCUUCACGUCGCUUCCCAACGACCUGAAGCCAAACUUCCCCAUACCAGCCGACACAUACGGGCCUCCUGGACACGCUUUAGGACCUAUUGGGCCGACGGAACAGCUGUUCUUGCAAGAAGACAACCAUUUAGCUGGUCACUACGGUCCACCUCAACCGGACCCGAACCCUCAGCCUCCACACCCUGGCAUCCCGGCGCCUCCUACUCCCCCUCAUGUCAUCUACGACGGAUGGAAGCCGAUCCCCGGAGUCUCAGUGCCUUUUGAACAGCAGCAAAGCUACAACCAAGUGUCGCACAGCCAAGUGUCUCAAGGCGAUGGAAACUUCGCCUCCAACGGCGACCAAUACGGCCCGCCGCCGCCGCCUCCGAUAGAAAUCCACGUGAACUUGGACGAGCAGCCUUUGCCCAACGCUGGACAAUCCCACCAGUUCUCUAACAAUAACGCGCAAAUAACUACAGGCUACUCCAGCGUGCACCAAGAUGCGUUGGCCGACAUCGACUUGAAUUCCAUCGUUGGUGGCGAUUCUAACCACAUUGACCAGUCCAAGACGAUAUUCGAGGCUCACUACACCGAGCCGGCUGGUGGUUCAGGGCCUGAGCUUUCUCUGCAAGCCUUACCUUCCCCCACACCUUCAGACAGCUACGGAGCGCCGCCCCAAGAAUCUUUCACCUCUAGCGGUCCCUACCCAGCGUCUAUCCGACAACAGGGAGCUAAAGGCUUGACCCCACCUUCAGGGUUCUACGGAGUGCCCCCAGGCAGCCAAUACGGAGCGCCACCGCGCCCCCCGCCAGCCAACUUGCCCAUCCCCUACGGAACCAUCACUGGGGGAGGCCACUCUGGAGGCCAUACGCCAAAACACCCGAUCAAGUUCAGGGAAUCUGUCCCAGAAGGACUGAUCCAGCAGAUCGCUCACACGACGAGCCAUAAGGACCACCAUAAUAUUGAUCAUUUGAGGCAAGGCCCAGCGUAUCUACCGCCUCCGAUCAGGGAUAUCAAGGAUGCCAAUCAGCAGAUAGGAAACCACGGAGUGUCUUUCUCUAUCGAGCCAACCAGCUUGUUCAGUCUUCCUCACAGUAACAGCCCUAUCAACUUCCAGAAUGUUCAACAGCCGAGCACGUCUUACGGAUCUCCUGUAGACUCAUACUCGGCGCCGCUGUUGACUGUUAGCGAUCACGCAACGUCAGGGUCCUCUAACAACGAAAUCACAGCGACUGUGGAUGGCACUAUUCUAGCGAAUCUGUCUAAUUUGGAAGCGGCUGCGAUCCUCAAGCAUUGUCCGUACCAUGAGGCUAUUCUCAGAGCAGCGAGGGCAGGAGAGAAGAUUCCAUCUGAUUUAGCGUCUUCCUAUGUGGCUAGUUUGAGUUCUUUAGGGUCAACUUUCUCUAAGAGCCAGCAGACGUUGAUUUCGCCUCAGAAUGGCUUCAACACGCCUGCGGCGGGAAGCGAAUCUGUCAACUACAACUCGCAAGACCUCCAAACUGCCUCUCACACUCUGGUCCAAACCAUUCUGCCGCCGAACGAAAUCAGAAACGAAAAGUUCGACAAGACCAGCGUCCAGAAAUCGAAAUCGCUCAAAACCGACAGCGGAAAGCAACACGCUUACAAAGAGAACGAACUGAACUCCAUUUCCGAACAGAUCUUCAAGACUUCGGAGAAAAUCAAGAGCUUAAACGAGGAGACUAAGCAACUGCAGCAAAACAUCAUCUCGACCUCACAAAACUUGAACCAAGUAAACGGACAGAUAGUCACGACCAACCAGAAAGAGAUCCCAGUUAAAGGCAACUACGGGACUUACUCGCUUCAGAUCCAAUCUGCCGACGGCGACCAGGGCAAGGGAGGACCUCCUUCAAUCCCUCACGAGCAGUUGCUAUCAGAAGGGUUACUCCAAAGCAUUCUUCAAGCGAUAGAGCAGCCAGGGAACAAGCAGAGACAAUCGCAGCCACUACCCCAACCCCAGCAGCAGCAGUUCAAAAUCCAGAACCAAAACGUCCACUUCCAAAACUCUGGUCUUUUAGACUUGGCUGGCAUCGACGCCGGUGGCCUAGUCCUACCAGCAGGCUACGAGCCAAUAGACCACACCAAAGAGAAGAAACCUCAACAACAACAGCAAACAGAGCAAAAGUACCAAACAGACCAGGAAAUCCAAAGCACGCACAAAAACAUCCAGCAGAUUCUGAACAGUGAGAUAGUUCACAGAGGCGAUAUCCCCGAAUGCGACCAAAAACACGACAACUCUAUCCGACACACAAUCGUAGUGCCGGCUCCCUCUAACAGCAUCGACAAACCAGCGCCAGUACAAGAGGAAGUAGAUGAGAAUGAUGUCGCCAUAUUUUUCAACGAAAACAAGGACAAAUCUAACGAGAACUCUGAGCCUGUGACCGAAAUAUCCGUAGCGACCAGCAUCAGUGAAGAGGACAACCGAAGUGAUGACUUUGGCAACAGAAAAGCGGAGUUUGGUGAUAAGAUUGAUAAGAAAGAGAAGAAACAAGCGUAGUUAAAUGGGUGUUGGCUCGAGAUCUAGUCUGAUAGAACCAGUGGCUUGGAAUUUGCGAAAGAGGCUCAAGAAAUAAGAAUUGGUGAAAGGGAAAUAUUUUAAUUCAAAUAUAGUUUGUUAAUGUGGAAUUUCACCAAACGCUAAACGUAUUUAGUAGCUUGUCAAACGUCUGUCAGUACAAAAUGUAUAAAAAUUUUGAUUUAAAUUCAAUUUUAGCGUUUGGUAAUAGUGAUCCUAACAAAUCAAGCUAUUUAAUUACUUAUACAAAUUCAUGUGGAACUUACAUACGUUUAAGUACCUACUUACUUACCCGGUGUUAAGACAGUUUUCAUAAAAUGAUAUAGCGUCAUUUUUCCCCACUUCCGGUUUGUCUAUGCUUGUUUAAACACAAAAUGGCGUGCUGUUAUUUGCUCAUGGUUGUAAAGGAUAUAAUUUAUUGUUAAUUUUUCGAAGUUCGCUGGUGCCAUUAAGGGUUGUUUUCGCCAUUUAAAUAAAAAAUAAAGGUCGGCGACUAAGACUUAGGAUAUUACUAAGGAAACGUACAAGUCUAGAUUUAAGUGGAAUAUAAAUCGAAUUUAGCGCCAUCUGUAGACAAGAUUUGAAGCACGUCCGUAACUUGUGGUUGGAGGAUCUAUAGAUCAUUUAUAGAUCUUUCUAGACGUGAUUUUAGAGGACGCGCUUCAAAUUUCAAACAUGUUUUUAAUGUUAUUUGAUUAAUUUAAUGUUAUUUUAAUUUAUUUAUUACCAGUAAGUAGUAGUAGUAUUAAGUUAUUUUCAGUAUUUGAUCUUCAAUCUGAUCAUCUGUAUGUACUCUGUACAAUCAUUUAAUUAGUUAAAUGUUUAAUAUAUACAAUAAAAUAAAACUAUGCUUG